CGCCUACUCUUCCCCCUCAUCUUCGUCAAUCCUGGCCACCUGUUGGGUCUGAGAACGAAUAAGUAAUGCGACAGCCCUCGUUGACUCCUCGGCUUCAAUUGGAUGUCCAAGCAACGCCCCGAGAGCCGGGGACCGCAUCUCCUCGUUUGCCAUUGGAGAUCCUGGAGCUCAUAGUCGGUCUCUGCGACAGGCGGACGCAGCUCAACGUUGCGCUCGUAUGCCGUGCGCUGAUAUGCGCAAGCCGCCAGCGCACCUUCGCUGCUGUGAAGCUCAACAUGUUCGGCGGACCUGCCAUUUCCCUUAUCCCCUUCGCCUCUCUCCUGGACUCAUCUGUUCGCACCAUAAUUCCUUAUGUGCGCCAAGUCACUAUUAGCAAUGCUUCAUCGCUUGGCACGGAGGUGCUGAGGGCCAUCGAAUGUGCGCAGAGCUUUCCGAACAUCACGUCUUUGCGCUUGGAAUGGACGGUUCAGACUUAUCGACUGAGCGACAUGGGACCGUACGUCUCCCGUCUGCCAGGCAUCACCGACCUCAGCCUGCACGACGCGGCAUUCGGCACCUUCUCAGCCCUCACAUCGACGGUGUCCGCGCUGCCGAACCUUCAAAAUCUGACUCUUGCCUAUAUCUUCGUGACCGACUUCGACGAGGCGCCACCACAGCAGGACGAGCGCGUGUUAGCAAAGCUUCGCUCAGUGGAAUGCUAUGAUGGUGGAUACAGCAGCAGCAGAGAUCCCAGCGUUCCCCAGCGCUUAUUUGGUUGGUUAUCUUCGCUCCGCCGACCCCCGCCUUUGGAACACGUCGGUGUCAGCCUGCGCGUGGCUGACGUCGCCGGGACAACGACGCCCUUUGGCGACUACUUGUCCAUGUCUGGCGAGAAGCUGACGUCGCUAGCGAUCUUCCUCAACCCCCGGGACUUGGCCCGAAAUUGGACAAAGCUCGACUUCGCACAUCUCAGCAUCGCCAAAUUUCGUUCAGUCCGUGUAGAGGGCAUCGACGUCUCGUCGCUGUACCUACGCAGCAUAGGAGAAGGGUUGCUGCGGCUUCUGUCAUUCGUCCUCUCAGCGCCAGUACUCCGGACAAUCACCAUCCACGUCUUCCUCGACGCAACCGAGGAUGAGUGGUUCGAGAGUUUGGAUAAGAAGAUGAAUUGGGCCGCGCUAGAGAGGCUUAUUGUGAAAUCGCAUGGGUUGGCGCAAGUGUCAUUCGAGAUCGACGAGUGGCACGAGGGAAAGAGGAAGUGCACUGCGUUCGCCCAUAGGGUGCGCGAGUUGCUCCCCAUAACGCGCGAAGGCGGCAUUCUGCAAAUACGGACCCCUGACGGCGAAGAAGUACGUGGCCAUGUCGUAUAGUACUUACAUACCUACUGAUAGCGGUCCUGACCCUACAGGUAUAGGUAGCGCGGCGCGAGAAAAGAACGUACAAUGCAUUAUAAUAAAUUGAAUGGGGGAAAUUCGACUGGCAGCUGGUCUUGACGCCAAAAUGAGCGAAGCCAGAUCUCGUCGGAGCGCGAUAGAAUUUCGCAGAACUGGAGGGUUGUCAGUAAGUGUGAACUAGGUCACUGGAGUGGAACGGGAUGGAAAAAAGCCAAGGUCAGAACUAUGACCCUCCCACCG